AGAACUCAUCAGUAUUGAUUUCAAAAGUUUUGAAUCUGAAAGAAAAACUCAUUUCGAUACUCAGAAAGGAGCUUCCAUAAAUUCUGUUUGGUUCUAGGGUUUCGGUAACGAUUCUCCGACUGGAAUUUAGUUCGCGGCGGCGAAUCGGAUUCGAUAGGGAGUAAGGAAAUAAAAAUGGCGCAGGGUGUAGAAGAAUGGUACAAACAGAUGCCGAUCAUCACUCGCUCCUAUCUCACGGCGGCUGUUGUCACCACCGUCGGAUGCUCUCUCGAUAUAAUAUCUCCGUAUAGUCUCUACUUGAAUCCCACCCUUGUGGUGAAGCAACACCAGUACUGGCGUCUCUUUACCAAUUUCUUGUAUUUCCGCAAGAUGGAUUUGGACUUCAUGUUCCAUAUGUUCUUUCUGGCACGUUACUGCAAACUCCUUGAAGAAAACUCAUUCAGGGGAAAGACUGCUGAUUUCCUUUACAUGCUUCUCUUUGGAGCAACUGUUCUGACUGGUAUUGUUCUCAUCGGCGGAAUGAUACCCUACUUAUCCGCAUCAUUUGCUAAAAUCAUCUUCCUCAGCAACUCAUUAACUUUCAUGAUGGUGUAUGUGUGGAGCAAACAAAAUCCUCAUAUUCACAUGAGUUUCCUUGGUCUCUUCACCUUCACAGCAGCCUACCUACCAUGGGUGCUUCUUGGGUUCUCUGUCCUUGUUGGUGCCAGUCCAUGGGUGGAUCUUCUGGGUAUGAUUGCUGGUCAUGCUUACUACUUUCUGUCUGAAGUUUAUCCGAGAAUGACUAAUCGUCGUCCUUUAAAGACUCCUGCGUUCCUGAAAGCCCUCUUUGCAGAUGAACCAGUAGUGGUGGCACUCCCAGAAAACGUCAGGUUUGCUGCUGCACCUUUUGAUCAAAUCCACCAAGACUGAUCCUGAGAUCACUUACACUUACCUUUUGGUCAGAUGUAUGCAAAGUAAGAAGAUAAUAGCACAAAACCGAUUGACUAUGACACGCUAGUUGUGUACCCACCACCCCUUCUUAGUGUUAGUUUUCCAUGUAAUUUGGUGUCCUUUGGUAUCUUCUCGUUUCUCUCAUCGUGUUGUGUAUACAUAUUUGCUUCGUUUUAGUUCUUAUGCCAUAUUGACACACUCGAGUUGUACUCAAACCUCCAGUUAUGUUUCCGAUGUUAAAUCACUUCAUUGUAUUAAAAUAUCAGAACCUAACAAUUGUUCUCUACGUUCAUGUCCGAAACUUUUUCAGAAU